AUGGUAUUAUUACUAUUUGAUCACUCGGUGGCUGCCAAGGAAUUCAUGGAACAAGAAUAUAGGUGGAAGGAGCAUCUUAAAUGGGUUAGAUGGGGAGACAAAGUGGAGACACACGGAGAUCGUGUGGCAUGGAUUCGAAUACUGGGUCUUCCCCUGCGCCUUUGGGGGCAACGCAACUUUCAGACGAUUACGGGAGGAUUUGGGAAGAUAAUAGCUCCGUUUGAAGACAUUCCCCACAGAGUGGAUCUCUCACACAUCAAGAUUGGCUUACUCACCACCAGGAGAAAUCGUAUAAAUGAUGAAAUCCGUGUUGCGUUCGAAGGGAAAGUAUAUAAAUUGGGUAUCAUAGAAUUCGAUGAAGACUGGUUUCCCUUCAGAUUUGAUGAUGAUGAAGAUUAUGUUAAGUUGACAGGUAUCAAAGAGAAAACAAAAGAGGUGGUUCAGAAGGGAAAAGAAAAUGAUGAAAUGGAAGAGGGGGAGAUACGACCUGAAUCAGGUGGAACGGAAGCGCAAGGACCGGAAAAUUCUAGGGUUCCGACGAUCGAUUCUGAGAAGACGGAGGUGGAAGACGAAGAGUCUCAUGGGGAACCGACAGGUGUGGAGACUUCGAGAAAGACAGACGAAUCGACACUCCGGAAUAAAUCUAUUACUAACGGUACUUUUCACCCAACUUGCCACGUGGAUGGAGCAUACCGUGUAACUCAUAACAACCCAAACUCAGUAUACGGUGGGCCAAAUAUUGGGCUUCCACUAAUUAAUUGUUUUGGGCCCUUCCCUGCUCCAUCUGCAUGUGGAAUAAACAACGACACACAAAUGAUUAAAGUGGGCAGAUCCAAUGGGAAAAGGAGGCGGAUCGUAGAAUGUGAUGAUCUAACUCCUAAUAUUGUCCCGUUGAUGGAAUUAGAAGAUGAUACCCCCUACCUCAUACAAUUCCCCUUCCAGAUUCCCCACCUGCCAAUUUCGAAGAUAACCAAAUUGACCUUAAUACCCCUCCCCCACAACAAUGCGAGAAUACAGAUGCAACUCCCCAAAACCCCCAGACAUCGGAACUUGUCAAAACUGCUGAAUUGGGAAAGGAAUUGGGAUUCGACAUUAGCCCUGAUAACCCUAUCCUUCAUGAAGCCAUGGGAUAAGAAGGCGAAUGUUUCGUCCCUCAAUGAACUGUCUCAGCUUGAACGUAAGGGGAAUUGGUGA